GCCCGGAGAGAAGCGAGCUGGCCGGCUGACCCCUCCUCUUCAACCCUGUUGCAUCCCACAGAGGGCUUCCGAGGCUGGGAGGUGGAGCACGGCGGGAAUGGCUGGGCCGUAGAAAAGAACCUGACCCUGGUGCCGGGGGCUCCUUCCCAGACCUGUUUCGUGACUUCUUUCGAGAGCUUCCCAUUGGCUGACCCAACAGGAAAGAGAGGAUGGUGCUUCAAGAGGCAGCUUGUGGACUUGGUGAUGGAGGGGGUGUGGCAGGAGCUGCUGGACAGCGCCCAGAUUGAGAUCUGUGUGGCAGACUGGUGGGGCGCCCGAGAGAAUUGCGGCUGCAUCUACCGGCUCCGGGUCCGCCUUCUGGACGUGUACGAAAAUGAAGUGGUCAAGUUCUCGGCCUCACCCAACCCGGUCCUUCAGUGGACUGAGAGAGGCUACCGACAGGUCUCCCACGUCUUCACCAACUUUGGCAAGGGCAUCCGAUACGUGUCUUUUGAGCAGUAUGGGAGAGACACACGCUCCUGGGUGGGGCACUAUGGCGCCCUUGUGACCCACUCCAGCGUGAGGGUCAGGAUCCGCUUGUCCUAGCCCACCAGCCUGAUCAGGCCUUUUAGGACCUACUACCACCUGCCCGACAUCAUUGCCAAUCAAGGGCAGCUUUGCAGCCAGGAGCCGGAGGAUGCCCCGCCAGCCUCCAGCAAGCCUCAUGUGCUACUGCUUCAGAAUGGUGGCCCACAUGCUGCUCAAGAAACCAGGUAUCCAACUGGGCUGUUCACAGCUUCCUGAGUCAGAGGGUUCAAGGAAUAACUGAGACUUUUAAUUUGCCUGCAAAUUGUUUUCUCAUGUGUGGAUGUCAGCUGAUAGACUGAAUCAAAAAAACAAAGGCCGAACAGGAUUGCUGAUGGGUGAAAGCUGCUGAAGCCUGGGACAGUGACUCUCUUGCAUGUUUCCAGGGUAAGCUGAUUGCUGGCAGGGAGCAGAGGCCAGUCAGAAAAGCCUGCCCUUGAGGGGACCAACAGGGACAUCGAAGGGAACCCUUUCUGCUGUUUUGGGGAGUCUCGGAUUCAGCUGUGGGGCCUGUGCAACCUUGUUCAGCACUGCCCAUCAGCACCCCCCUUUGGACUAGACUGGCACUGUUUCUUACAGGAUCAGAGACCAGGUCUGUGCUGUGCCCUUCACCCACACCUCUUGCCCCUGCCUCAGGGACAGCUUGGCUCCUGUAAGGCAACACCUUCCUUUUCUCCGUUCAAGCCCACCUGCAUACAAACUCCAGGAGCGAGGAGUGCCAUGAGCAGUAAAGUGACGUGGAGUCCUGUCCCGACUCCUCUCGUGUCUCCCACUCUUUCCCUAUGUGGGCAAAGCCACCGAACAAACUCAAUAAAAUUGGUGCUAAACGUGAGGUGA